AUGGGAAAUGACCCUUCCUUUGUGAUAGAGACCAAAUCCCCAGCUCCUCUGCAAGCUUCACCCACAGUCGAGCUCCUUUCACUCGCUGUACACAGAAUCUGUACCACACCCCCAAGGCUUAUUGCUUCGCCUCCAACUCAGCCGCGACGUGCAGCCGUUUCCCUCGUUAUGAGGAUUCGCCCACCCGAGGGGUAUCCCCUCCCGGAACAAUCGGCAUACGAAGUUCCCUCUUUGGAGAAGUUCUUCGAGCAAGAUUGGGCUCGACAUCCCGAAGCACGCGCGGAAUUACUGUUCAUUCGACGAGAUAAGAGCAAGCAGAAUUUCAAGGACGUUAGGGGUGCCGGUGCCGGUGCCUCAACGAAUGGUGCAUCGGCGCAUGUUGCAUUUCCUGGUGGUCGGACAGAAGAAAGCGACGAAGGGGCUUUGUAUACCGCUAUGCGACAGACCUGGGAAGAGAUAGGUUUAGACCUCGCCGAGAAAGAAUUCACUUGCGUCGGGCAAUUGGAUGACCGUGAAAUAACCACUUCGUUGGGCAAACGCUUGCUCAUGAUCCUCAGUCCAUUCGUAUUCCUCUACCUAUCGCCAUACGAGAUGACCAUCGAACCUCCAGAGGAGGAAUCCGAUGUGACGCUGCAUUGGGUUCCUCUUUCUGCUCUCCUCUCUCCCUUACCAAAAUGGUCUUUCGUAACCGUCGAUAUCUCGUCACGGCUCGCUCCUCGUCAUAACAUUCUUCGUAUACUCGUCCGUUGGCUCGUUGGUAACAUGAGAUUCCGAGCACUAGUCAUCACUGAGGAAGACAUCGAAGAACUGGAUGAUCUGCAUGUUAGUUCAAAGGCAUGGGAGAAGCGAAGGGAGAGAGAAGGAAGCCCGAAAGAGGAACUUAGACUGUGGGGUUUAACGCUCGGGAUGACGCUGGAUUUGAUCAGAUUUAUGUACCCUCGUCGAUCCGAACUACCACCCGGCGAUCCUUCAUCGAGUGAAUUCGAUGAGAUCGGAAACGUCGCGUUGAUGCCAUCGAUGGCGUCUGUCUUCCCUCGGUUUUCCAUUCCUGACGUGAAUUUCUGGAUAUGGGUAUUUGGACGAAGAUACCGUGCAGUCCUUAGAGCAUGGGAAGCUUCUGUCGUUCGUUCCCGAAUCACACCUGGGGGCUCAUCAACCGAACGUAGGAUCAACUGGUCAGGACAAGCUCUCUCGACGUUUUACGCGGCAGUACGAAAAGCUCUGAUCGUUGUUAUCGUGGGUCGUGCUCUCGGUUUACUCGCUGCUUUGUUUGGGCUUGGUUGGUGGCUGAGGAAGAGGUUUGACGGCUGGUUGGCGGAUGUGUAG